CUGUUUAAUCUACCCCCGUGUUUCCUCCCCACGAGCCUACCUGCGUCCCCACCAGGCCAGGAGCUCUGGCCGCCUGGCUGUACUGGGCUCAGGGAAUGCCCCAACUUAGAGGCUCCCAGGGGACCCCUUGUCCUGCAUCAGCGGGGGGAGAGCCGAGGGCCUGGGAGGAAAUGACUCAGGGUGGGACGGAAACUGCUCCACCCAAUGUCGUCUCCCUGGUCCGUGGGUUAAAUUCCAAGGAUCUUACCAGCAAAAUUCCCUAUUAACUCUGGAGUUGAUCACACGGCAGGAAAGGGAGGCGGAGGGCAGGGCCCUGGCUUUCCCUCUCUCAGUUUUAGUUUUUCAUCUAGCAGGGGGGAGAAGCAGACCCACCAGUAAAUCCUUAGCAAAUGCCAGUGAGCAAGGGUCUGCCGCCACCCUGGGAGGGGGAGGGUACUGGUAGCCCAUUUUACAGAGAAGGAGAAGCCACUGGCUGAGCCAGGAUACAACUAGCCAGGCCCAGUGCCUGGGCCCUGCACGAAGGGGCUGGGAAGAGACCCCAGAGGUCUUCACUACGUCUCCCUCUCUCCUUUCCUCCUUCCUAAUCUGAGACCAGGAGACUAAAGGAGAACCAGGACCCCAGGACCUUGGGCUCUCAGCUGGAAUGGAGUCCUGGGGUUCUAGCUCCCUGCCCCAGGGUUUGGGGCCUGCUUUAUGGGCCUAUAAACUGGACAGCUGUUGAGAGUCCUAUGCUUAGCAUAAUACUCUGCUAUUGUCAGCUUGAAAUUCUUACUAUGCUUUUUAAGAAGGGGCUGCAGAUUUUCACUUUGCACUGGACCCCCACAGAUCACGGGGCCAGUCAUGUCAGGGAGUCUGGGUGACCCAGCACGCUUCCCCUCCUGCCUGCAGCCUCUUCUCCAGAGAGGCUGGAGACCUGGCACCUGGCCCACAGCCCUGCCUUUUGUGCCCUGCCUCCCCCCUCCCCAGUGCCAGGCAGACCCAGAAGCCUCUGCAGGCGUGGGAGGAGGGAGGAGGGAGGAGAGCCCCGAGCUGGGAAGUAGAGAGGAGCAGGCUGCUGGCCACACCCCAGCUGCUGGCCUGGCAGGAGCCUGUGCCUGGGCACAGGUACUGGGCAGAGGUAAGGGUGGGAUGUAACCCGGCAGGCAGAGGGUUGGGAAGGGGAGAUCCUAGGCUCAGAGGGAUGCCUCUGGAACAGAGACCUGGCCUCGCUCCGGCUCCUGCUGUGGAAUGCUGACAAAUUAGUGCCUUCCUCCAGGCCUCAGCUUCCUCAUCUGUAAAAGGUAUUAAAGGAGUCCCUACUGGGGUGCCUGGCGGGCUCAGUUGGUAGAGCGUGCGGCUCUUGAUCUCAGGGUCAUGAGUUCAAGCCCCAAGUAGGCAUGGAACCUCCUUUAAAAAAAAAGAGGGAAAAAAAGUAGUCCCUCCCCAUGGGAUUUUAUGAAUUCAGAGAGAUGGCCCCAGGGCUGGCACUUGAUAGGUGGGUCCGGUCAUUUUCAAAGGGAUCUCCCUGGCUAACUGGGUCCCCCUGCCCUUGGCAGGGACAGAGGUGCUACAAGACCUCUCAGCCCCAUCAGCUGCCUCCCUGCCCACAGCCUCAUCCCCCGUCUCCAAGCACCAGAGAUGGUUCUGAUAGGAUUUGAACUCACCCCCCUCCCAAGGGGUUGCCGCCUCCUCCUGCUCCGUCCCCCCAGGAGAUGCUGGCUCAGCCCCUGGGCCCAGUGCACAGAGGAAUCUCUGUCCUGGUCCUGCCCCCGGGUGGGAUGUUUUUUGCUGGGUUGGCCUAAAUAAUGUGUCUUUCUGGGGUGGUGACUUGGCAGGAAUACUCCAUCGGCUACUUUCUCCGGGCCAAGGAGGGUGACCCCUGGCUGCUCCGGUGACUGGUUCUGGGCCUGCUGAAGGCUCUCUGAGGCAGCCCCUUCUCGGCCACUGGAGUUCCAGCAGCUUCUGAGAGAGAUGAGGAAACUGAGGCUCAGAGAGGUCACAUGGCUUGCCCGAGGCCCCUCAGCCAGUGUGACCCCACAUCCCUGCCCCCUGGGCCACCUGCAGGACGCUGGCCCCUGCCCCUCAGCAGACGCCGGAGAGAGAUGAGUAGCAACAAAGAGCAGCGCUCAGCAGUGUUCGUGGUUCUCUUCGCCCUCAUCACCAUCCUCAUCCUCUACAGCUCCAACAGUGCCAGUGAGGUCUUCCAUUACGGCUCCCUGCGGGGCCGCACCCGCAAGCCCAUCAACGUCAGGAAGUGGAGCAUCACCGACGCGUAUGUCCCGAUUCUCGGCAACAAGACGCUGCCCUCCCGGUGCCACCAGUGUGUGAUCGUCACCAGCUCUAGCCACCUGCUGGGAACCAAACUGGGCCCCGAGAUUGAGCGAGCCGAGUGCACAAUCCGCAUGAACGAUGCGCCCACCACGGGCUACUCAGCCGACGUAGGCAACAAGACCACCUUCCGCGUGGUCGCCCAUUCCAGCGUGUUCCGUGUGCUGCGGAGGCCCCAGGAGUUCGUCAACCGGACCCCCGAAACCGUGUUCAUCUUCUGGGGGCCCCCGAACAAGAUGCAGAAGCCCCAGGGCAGCCUUGUGCGUGUCAUCCAGCGGGCAGGCCUGGUGUUCCCCAACAUGGAGGCCUAUGCCGUCUCUCCCGGCCGCAUGCGCCAGUUUGACGACCUGUUCCGGGGUGAGACGGGCAAGGACAGGGAGAAGUCCCAUUCGUGGUUGAGCACCGGCUGGUUCACCAUGGUCAUAGCGGUGGAGCUGUGUGACCACGUGCAUGUCUAUGGCAUGGUCCCCCCGGACUACUGCAGCGGCCCCGCCUCCAGCGCAUGCCCUACCACUACUAUGAGCCCAAGGGGCCGGACGAGUGUGUCACCUACAUCCAGAAUGAGCACAGCCGCAAGGGCAACCACCACCGCUUCAUCACCGAGAAGAGGGUCUUCUCCUCCUGGGCCCAGCUGUACGGGAUCACCUUCUCCCAUCCCUCCUGGACCUAGGCCACCCCGCCGGUGGAUCUCCCACGGGGUGGGGGGGGGAAGGCGGGAGAGACCACUCUCCUCCCAGCCACUCAACCAAGGGCCAUCUCGUGGCCAAUCAGAGCUGGCCGGAGUAUCUUCGGGCCAAUCAGGGCCUUGUAUCCUCCAGCCAGUGAGGGCGUGGGGGUGUCUCUUGACCAAUCAGGGAUUUGGAUUCGAGCUAUGUGGUUAAUCAGGGGUGUUGGAGGUGUUUCUUGUCCAGUCAGGGUCUGAGCAGUCAAUCAGGGUAUUUCUGAAGUUAUCUGAGGCUAAGGACAUGUGCUUUCCCAUGAGGCCUUGGUUCAGAGCCCCAGGAUGGACACCGCCCCUCCCCCAUCACUCCCUGUUGGCUGGGACAGUGGGGUCCUGUCCUAUAGAGCUGGGAACUCUGUGCUGCUCCCUCACUUCCCAGAGCCAGAAAGAGAGGUUGCAUGGGAGUGGGAGUUGUGUCUGGAGGCGAGGCCAGGGCAUUUGGGAGCUUGUGGGGGGUAUCUUGGAGGUAGGAGCCAGCAUCUGGGUCUUGGCUCUGCCCUGAGUGGCUUUGGACAAAACUCUUGCCCUCUCUCUGGUCACCCUCCUGCCUGUGUCAGGUUCUGACGUGGAGUCUGAGGCCCUCUUCCCACUUUCCCCACUGACCUCCUUGGGUCUGUCUUCCCUAAGACUGGACCCCUCCAGCCACCACCCCUUGCUGCGGGGCUCAGCUCCUUGGGGGUCUGGAGUCCUCUUCCUCACCUCACCUCCUCCUGGAAACUUAGGGUAUUUUUGCAUAAACUCCCACAGGGGUUGGGGGUGGGUGGGAUCUAAUAGGAAAGGAACAAACCUUCAGCUGUGUCCUUAGUUCCUCCACUCAGCUGCCAUUAGUUUGGCUCUUAAAGAGCCAGGCUCCCUUUUCUGCCAUCCAGCAGUCAGGCUUUCCACCUGUUGGAGUAGCCUUUGGGGUACUCCAAAGAGGGGUAAUCCCAGCCAAACUGGGGUUUCACACAGCCCCUUUUUCUGCAGCUGCUGGAGUCAUCCAAGGGUCUCCCCUCAGCUGGGCCUGGGAAGGCUCUCAGGGGCCGGGAGCCCCUUUGCCUGGGUUCUGCCCCCUCACUCUACACCAGGCACUUUAUUGCUGGACCUCAGUGAGGUGGACUUGCCCCUGCUCUUCCAGAGUCCGGGAGGGAAGACUGGAGGGUUUCCUGGAGGAGGCUGUGGGACAGGAGGGGUCAGGUGGAGGAGGAAGAGGCCAGCAGCAAGCCUUUGCACAUUGGGGUGGGGGCUGGGAGCCGGUGAGUACCCCAGACUCGGUUUUGUAAUGAUUUGUUCAGGAAUAAAUGCACCUAAGCUCUG